AUGACACGUUUAUGUCCCUCAUUCAGUACGAUUUUGGCUCAAAAGCGCCUUCUUAGUUUAUCUUUCCGAUGUCUAGCUAAAGAAGAUGACUCUUCCAGCUCUGGAACGUCAAAGAAUUCGUCAGAAGUUACAAAUUUAAUCAUAAGCCAAAAGCUUGGCGAAGACAGCGUGAACGUUUUAAAAAUUGUACAACGUUUCCGAAAGCAGCCUAAUGAGUGGCCAUUGGAAGAGCAGCCAUUUGCUAUCGUAGAAAAGAAGUUUUUAGGAAAAAUAAUGCACCCGGUCGAGUUACGGCCGGAAAGAGGCUUCGUCAACAUGGUUCCAUUUGGUUUCAUGAUGCUAAGACAUUUCUUUAGGAAAUUUCGGGCCAAAGGUAACUACGAUCUCUUUCAAUCGACUGGAAUUUUCGACGAGAAAGAAGUGCGGGCAGGGACCAAAAGAGUUUUCGAAGUCAUUAGUCAGCAUGCUUUCAAGAAUAAACUGGCUGAUUUGGUGGCUAAGAACUUUUGCGGUGAAGAUCUCGUGCGAAGGUUUGAAGCGGCAGGCUCCAGUAUGAGUGAAAAACAACGAGAAUUGUUUAAUCUCACUGAGCAGGACGUUUAUGCCAUAGCACCAGGUGUUUUGGGCCCGUUCCAGUUGAUUCGACCAAUGCUUCGAAACGGUGCCCCACAUAUCACUUACAGUUUGCUUUCCUGUGCCUUCUACAAAAAGCAAAUGCUUUUUGAUGCGGUCAAAGAUGUGCCUCUAAUUGAGAAUGGUGAUAAAGCAGAUUAUUUACCAAUGCCAACGGGCUACGGCUACGCUGCUCCAAGGCUUGUAUUCGCUUUCAUCACGUUCGGAAACAAAAUCGUUAGCAGGGGAGAAGUAGAAAAUGAUGUGCAACUACUUGAGUUCCAGUACUUGCCUACCGACAUGUGCCUUGUUCAAGCUCGGAGGACGGAGAGUUUUCCGAUAUCUACAGUUUGGCAAAAGAACCGAGCUCCGUUACGGACACAGAAUCGUUAUCCUCCCGAUCAGAAGGCAUUUUCCUUGACAAGGGACGCCACUGAGACAAUCAGCAAGUACCAAAAUACAAGGUUAUUUGUCCUUGGUGCGGAACCUUGCCUUAAUAUGACCAGUGACGACUUAAUUCAAGGAGGCCGUAAGGUGUUCCGUAUAAUACUUGAUGCAGUUCUAGGAAGAAAAGUUGAAUCUCUAGCACCACUCGUCAUGGGAAACUCUGUCUUGGAUGUUCAUCGGAAGCAAGUCUGGGAUUUGAAGGAUAAGCAGAGGAGUGCUCUGAUGGUCACUGAUGCUGACUUUGUUGGACUGAACGGGUUCGUUUACAACUGGGAUGGAUUUGGGAGCGAAAAAGUAGCGCUAUUACGAAAGAAUGAAUUGUACAAGUUGGCGCGACAGCUUCCAUUUAAUCUCGAGAAGGAACGGUUACUCCUACGGAUGCCAUACGAUUAUGGUUUUAUUACGCCUCGCUAUGUUGUGAUGCGAAUUGAUAUGUGUCAUCAGAGUGGUCAAAACGGC